AUGUCCGGACUAUAUCCGCCAGGUCGCAUUGAUCGAAUCAAAUCGAGAACAGGCUGCAAAACGUGCAAGGUCCGACGCGUGAAAUGCGGGGAGGAGAAGCCAUCCUGUGUCCGUUGUAGCAGCACGGGGCGACGAUGCGACUACACAAAUACCGCCACAACAGCGCAGUCCGCUGUGGCUCGAGCCCUGCCGACAAGUUCGGCUGAGUCCAGGGAGCGGCGUGCUUUUGAGUACUACUAUUUCUCCGCUGCGCCGUCUCUCUCCGAUGCGCUGGAUCUGGAUUUCUGGCGCGGCACCGUCCUGCAAAUCUGCAGAUCUGAGCCGGCGGUAUGGGAUGCUAUUGUCGCUCUGAGCACCUUGUACGAACAUCCUCUACACCCGGGGUCGCGGGCGACGUAUCAGAUCGACGAAACCGAUCGUUUACCAUCACCUCGAUCGCGGAGCCAUCGAGAAGCUCUGACCUGGUACUCGCGAUCACUGCGCAAGAUCCAACAUCAAAUCGAUCAAGGCUUGGCCGACUACACUAUGGCACUAGUUACCUGCGUGCUCUUUUUGUGUAUUGAGAUCCUCCAAGGCAACGUCAAAGCUGCCCUGUCAUUGUACCAUCGUGGGGUACAGUUGCUGUCAUCGGCCGGAUCUGCUUCUAUAUCCCGGAUUCGAAAAGCAAUCCUACCUGUUUUCCUCCGCGUUGCAACUUCAGCUGUUGUCAUCAAUGGUGUUGAACCGGUCCUCGAUCGCCAAUACAUCGAUACUUCAGGUGAUGCUUUUACGUCCCUUUCCGACGCCCGGACGGCACUGCACAAGCUAGUCGCCGACUGGAAAAUGUUUGACUGUGACUGUGCAGCUUUGCGCCAAGUGCCGGAAGCAAGCCUACACAUACCUCGUCCUUUGCAGCACCGUCGAGAUACAUUAGAAGGAAAUCUUCUAGCGUGGUACCGGCUAUUCUGCGAAAUGCCCGAGGUCAGCAAAUCGUCUUCGCCAACUAUAGCAGAGCACCAUGGGGUGAUAGCAACACUCCAGAUGACAUACAAGAGCAUGCUCAUUCUCACCCGAACUGCGUUUUCCGCUACGGAAACCAGCUACGACGCCCACGAAGCCGACUUUGCGGAUAUAAUAUCGCGCGCCCCGACAGCCCUCGCCGCGACAGCCCGCGAAACCGGCCAGCAGCCACCAUUCACCUUUGACAUGGGCAGCGGCACUCCGUUAUUCAUCACGGCCCUCAAAUGCCGGACACCGUCUCUGCGUCGUCGGGCAUUACGCUUGUUACGUCAGGCACCGCACGUCCAGGGCAUGUACUUUUCGCAAUCGGCGUCGGACUUUCUUGCGGCGAUUGUCGCUGUUGAGGAAGGUGGAAGAGAUUGCUCGGACGAAGAACUGUCAUUCACCAGUGUGAUCGCUCGCCCGGGGAUUGUCCCAGAGGAGAGUCGGCGGAUUUUUUCUCUACAAUUGGUACCCUGGACAACGGCCGAAGGCGACAAGCGAACGGCGUUGAAGUACUCCAGGAGAGACCUAAUUGAUGGGAAGGUGCAGGUCGUCAACGACGUUGUCGUUUUACCAGCUCCGUCUCCCCACAGAGCGUUGAGCAUCCUUUGA